AUGAAACGUGCUGAUAUUCAAGGACUUCGAGCUAUUUCAAUUAUUUCUGUGAUUUUAUAUCAUAUUUGGCCUCUUAAUUUUCCUAAUGGAUUUUUAGGUGUUGAUGUAUUUUUUGUUAUUUCUGGCUAUUUGAUUGCUAAAUGCUUGCAAAAUAUAGGGACAAAUAGUUUGAGUUUCCCUAAAUUAUUCGAAACAAUUUUGGAUUUUUAUAAGAGAAGAAUACAAAGAAUUGUGCCUAUUUAUUUAGGUGUUAUUUGUGCUACCGCUAGUAUUUCACGUACUAUUAUGCUUGAAUCUGACUUUCAACAGGCUAGAUUAGAUAUGUAUUGGAGUCUUGGAUUUGUAACAAAUUUACAAUCUUUGUUUUGUAAUUCUAAAGAUUAUUUUACUGAGGUAUUUUCAUAUCGCCCAUUUCUUCAUACAUGGUCAUUAGGAGUUGAAAUUCAAUUUUAUUUAUUAUCACCAAUUUUAAUGUUUAUUAUUAAUUAUUUUGGAAAUUCUAAAAAACAAUCUUCUUCUUCUACAAAUAUUUUCCCUUCAAUUAUUUUAAAACAAAAUUUUCGACGUUUCAUUUUUUGUUCUUUACUUUUAAUUUUAUCAUUAAUUUCUCAACAAUUUAUUUAUUUAUAUUUUGGUUCUUCAAUUAGUUUUGGAUUUAUAUUUUGCCGUUUUUGGCAAUUUAUAGCAGGAAUUAUAAGUUUUUUAUUAACAAAUGAUUAUUUAAUUGAAAAUGAAGAGAAAGAAGAAGAAGGAAAUAAUAAUAAAAAUAAUAAUAAAAUAAUUAUUUGGCCUUAUAUUUUGGCACAUUGUAAUCAAUCUGAUGAUAUAUUUAAUUGUCAAAAACAACAAACAAUUAUUAACAAUAAUAUUCAAAUAUCAAGUCGUUCACCAUCAAUAGAAAAUAAACACCGAAAUACUAAUUAUAAUUUUAUUAAUUUUUUAUUAAAAUAUUUAAUUCCAAAUAUUAUUUUAAUUCUUUUAAUUAUUCUUUUAUUUUUUCCAUUUUUAUCAAUUCCAAUUUAUUUACGCCCAUUUCAAAGUUCUUUUGUAGUUAUUUUUACUUCAAUUAUUUUAUUUUUACAAAAUAAUAAUUGGUUAAUUUAUUUGUUUUUAACAAAUAAAUUAUUUGUUUGGUUGGGGGAUAUUUCUUAUGUUUGGUAUUUAAUUCAUUGGCCAACAAUUUUGUUUUUGAAAUAUUUCUUUACUAUCGAUGAAUUUUCUUUUAAAUAUGGAAUAGCUACAUUUAUUUUAACAUUAAUUAUUGCAUUUAUUGUUGAAAUAUUAGUGGAUGCACAAAUUCGUAAACUAAAAAGUUUUUGUUCGGUAACUUUUCUCAUUGGUAUUUUCUACGCUUUUUGCUUUUUUCAAUUACUUCCAACUUAUUAUUCUGGACAAAAUGAAAGAGUUGCUGUAACAAAAGAUUUUGAUGGUUCUUUGGGAGGGAGAGCUGUAACUAUUGAUGUUAACUUUACUCGAUUAAUUAUUGAUGAUAUUGUUAAAUCUCCAGAAGGGCAUUCUCGUUUAGCCAAUACUUUAUCACUUUAUGAAAAAAUUCGAAUUAACGAAAUACUUCAAAGUGCUACAUACGAGGAUAGAUAUAAAAUAUUGCCAGGAGAAGUUUUAACUAACCGGUGGAUUGGAAAAUUUGCUAAAAUGGUUCCAGAGGAGCGAAAUUUCCUCAAAGCAGUUAUUGAGAGAAAAUCACGUGGAGAGGGUAAAGAUUCAACAUCUUUUUUGCUUGUUGGAAAUAGUCAUGCAGAUAUAAUUUCACGUGAAUUACAAGAUGAAUUUAAACAAAAUUAUUCGGUUUUUCAUAUGUUUACUGCCCCUGGUUGUGUGCCUUUUUAUGUUCCAGAACAUUUAUCUUUUGUUACACCUGACCAUCAAAUGCCAAUUAAAGCUUGCUCUGCUUACUCUCAAUUAGUUAAAGAGGCUAUUCAAACUAUCAAACCAGAUUAUUUAUUUAUUGCUUUUAGGUGGUAUGGUUCAUUUGAAGAACAGCCUUUUAAUGAUGCUGAUAAUGAUGAAAUACUUGGCCUUAUUAAUUCUUUUCUUUUAGAAAUUCAGAAAAAUGUUAAAAUACAGAUAUUCUUUCCAGCCCCCAAUUUAUUAUUUAAAUAUGAAACAUCUAGAGAAUUAGCAAAAAGACUUUGGAGAGGGGCAGAAUUAGAACAAUUACAUAUUUCCUAUAAAGAACAUUUAAAAAAGAAUAAUUGGUCAUAUCAACGUCUUGAACAUUUAAAUUGCCAAAAAUGUUUAGUUUAUGAUUUAUCUACACAUUUUUGUAAUUCAACAAAUGAUCGUUGUGCUGCUUUUGAUGAAACAACAAAAUUGGCUAUUUUCUUUGAUACAAAUCAUUUAAGUUAUUUGGGACGACAAUUGGCUAGACCUUUUCUUCGAUCAUUAUUAACACUUUCUUAA